AUGGAGGUCUCCGAGACUCCCAACUCUCUACAGUUACCAAACUCCAUCCCCUUCUGGCGGCUCGUCCUCAAUCCCGGUGCUAUAACCCAAGAGGUCGCUGACCAUCGUUAUGCCGGCUCAGGGACCGAAGAAGAUCCAUAUGCCGUGGAAUGGAUGCCCAAGGACUUUCGAAACCCUCUCCAAUUAAAAACAUCCAUGAAAUGGUUCAUCACCGUGGUCGCCGCUAUCGAGACCUUAGUCGUUGCCCUGGUCUCGUCCGCCUAUACUGGUGGUCUCGUUCAAAUUCAAGAACGAUUCGGCGCAACCACCGAGGUUGCGACCUUGGGAGUAUCCCUCUACGUACUGGGAUUUGCCCUGGGUCCUCUGAUCUGGGCUCCGAUGAGCGAAAUCUUCGGUCGCCAACUUGUCUUCGUCACCACCUACUGCGGUUUGACCAUUUUUUGUGCCGCUUGUACGGGCGCGGAGAACAUCGCGAGCCUACUGAUCUUCCGAUUCUUAUCCGGUGCUUUCGGCUCCUCCCCCCUCACUAACUCGGGUGGUGUUAUCGCCGAUAUGUUCAUGGCUCGCGAUCGAGGACUGGCCUUAUCGGCCUUCGCGUUAGCUCCAUUCCUAGGACCCGUCAUUGGGCCCAUCGCCGGUGGCUUCCUCGGUAUGUCCGGCGGCUGGAAGUGGGUGAUGGCUCUCUUGGCUAUCCUCUGUGCUGUGAUGUGGAUCUUAGGAGCCGCAUUGAAGCCUGAGACCUAUGCCCCGGUUCUUCUUCGUCAGCGUGCAAAGACUCUCUCCAAGCUCACUGGUCAGGUGUACGUUAGCAAGUUAGAUAUCGACCAAGGGCGUCCCACUCUGAAAGCCGCCUUGAAAACAUCUCUCUCGCGGCCCAUGAUUCUUCUUUUCCAAGAACCGAUCGUCCUGCUACUCUCGAUCUAUCUUGCCAUCAUCUACGGAACCCUCUAUAUGCUGUUCGGCGCCUUCCCGAUUGUGUAUCAGCUCCAUCGUGGAUGGAAUCAAGGUGUCGGCGGCUUAGCUUUCAUCGGUGUCAUGAUUGGAAUGAUUGGUGCGGUUACAUAUUCAAUUCCUGAAAAUAAGCGCUACGCAAAACUCCUUGAGAAGAACGGUGGCUAUGCGCCUCCAGAAGCUCGCCUUCCGCCGUGUAUGCUGGCCUCUGUUGCCCUCCCUAUAGGACUCUUCUGGUUCGCAUGGACUAACUCUCCAUCCGUCCACUGGCUUGUAAGCAUCGCCGCUGGAGUUCCGUUCGGCUUCGGCAUGUUGCUCGUCUUCCUCAGUGUUUUCAACUAUCUGAUCGAUGCUUAUACCAUCUUCGCGGCUUCUGUCUUGGCAGCUAACACGCUACUGCGGUCGUUGUUUGGAUUUGCAUUCCCGCUGUUCACCAAGUACAUGUACGAAGAUUUGGGAAUUCAUUGGGCAUCGUGUGUUCCGGCUUUCUUGGCUCUUGCAUGCGUACCUUUCCCCUUCCUGCUCUACAAAUAUGGACUGUCCAUCCGUAAGCACUGCAAGUACUCUGCGCAGUCUGAGGCCUUUGUUCAAAAUCUUCUUCGGGGGAUGCAAAAGACCGCCGAGGAGUCUGCCGAGAUUAAGCCUGAAAUGUCCCCACCCACAUCGGCAAACGAUGCAAUCGCAUCGCUCCCUCACAGCAAGGAGACCCCCACCGAUGUUCGGUCAAUUCAUCACACUCUUUCCCGCACUUAA